AUGAUUUCUGUGGCGAUCGUUUUUUUAAUUUGUGCGUCGUUUGCUGAAAAUGCUGUUCAUUUAGGCAGGGGCUAUGAUACAGAUGAUGAUCCAUUAAACAUUAAAAUCACAAAACUCUUGGAUGUUAAUUUGGAAAGCAAAACAAAUUCCUGGAAAAAUGACCUGAGUAGGUUCUAUCAACCUCAUAGAGAAGAAAAUGAUAUUGACAAAAAGGAUGGUUAUGUCCAGGUUCCCAUGAAAUUUUCAUUCGCAGUCGACGAACAACGUAAUCCUAAUAUUUUAGAAGGAUGUAGAAAUUUGGUUGGAGUCAGCCAGCCAUCUUUAUGUUUUUUGAAGCCAUCCGCUACAUCCGCAGAAAAGUAUUUGGCAUAUCCCAGAAGUUGUAGAGAGAUUCAAGAAAACGGUAAUAAUAAAUCUGGAAUAUAUGAAAUUAAGCCCAGGCUUAGCAGUAAACCCUUUGCAGUUCUUUGCGACAUGGAAAUUCAAGGAGGGGGAUGGACACAUAUCCAGAAAAGGUUCGAUGGAUCUCAAGAUUUUUUCCAAUUGUGGCGAGAUUACAAGUUUGGCUUUGGAAAUCUGGAUGGAGAGUUCUGGAUGGGAUUAGAGAACAUUUAUCACAUGACAGGAUUUGAAGCAAAUGAACUAUUAAUAGAACUUAUUGAUAAGGAAAAGAAAACUGCACAUGCGCAUUAUACAUCGUUUGCCAUAGGCCCUGAAAAGGAUGGGUACAAAUUGACUGUACUUAGUGGAUAUUCAGGAGGUGCUGGUGAUGGACUAACAGGACAUUUAAAUGUAAAAUUUUCUACUUCAGAUAUGGAUCUGGACGAAAACUCCGGCAGUUGUGCUAAAGGAUAUGAGGGUGGAUGGUGGUAUAAAAAUUGCUUCACAAGUUGUUUGAAUGGAAAGUAUUCAAAUGUUAUUGUCCCUGAUGCGAUUAAAUUACAUGGAAUUAACUGGAAUGGAUUUCGAUCAAAGGAAUACAAUUUAUCCGGAUCAAGGAUGAUGAUCCGACCAAUAGGAAGUUAA